AUGGCUCAAUUCAUCAGUUCACUUAUUAAAGAUAGCAACGAUCAAGAUCAAAGUGCAUAUCGCAAUGUGGUUUUACUUCGAAUAGACGAAGGAAACAAUUCGGAUUUCUUUGACAUUGUUACGAGGGAAAUUAUAGAAGAAAAUCCGUUUAAUCCAAUAAUUAAUCUUCGAAAUGAUGUAAAACUGAAAUGUACGCCUUAUCAAACAGCAUCAUUCAUAUUUAUUUUAUCUGACAUAACAUCAUGGCCCAAAUUGAACAGAAUUUUGGAUUUCAGCAUUCAAAAUUGCGAAUGGGGUUCAACAAAAUUUAUUUUCAUUCCAACAGGCUGGGUCAACUUGAAUGAAUUGAAUUUGGUUUCUUCGAAUAUGUGCGACUUCUUUUAUAAAGUUGGUGCAUGGAAUUCAAUUGUUUUAACGGAAUACAAACAAGUUUUGGUUAUUUUGUGGGACAGUUCAUGGGAAUAUUCCAGACGUUACCGAAAGUUCUACACAAAGGACGUUAGUAAGGGAAGUGACAUUAAAAGCAUUUUUCCUGAUAAACUUCGCAACCUCAACAAUUAUGUUUUCAAUGUGUUGUACAUACCACACGCACCGAGAAUAUAUUUAUCCAAGAAAUUGAGAAUUUUAAAUGGAAUCGAUGUCAACGCCAUGGAAGAGAUCACAAAAAGGCGUGGAGCUCAUUUUCAAAUUUCUCAUUACGUGUCUCCACUUGUCCCCGACGUCAUAUCAAUUUUUACUGAAUUUCUCAAUAAUGGAUCCAUCGACUUAUCCCUCUCAACUAUUGUGCACUUCGACAGCUCAAUUCACAAAUUAAUCAACACAUAUGAUGAAAACGGAUAUUGCGCUCUUAUUCCAAUCCCAGCCAGACUCACGUUUUGGAGUUUCAUUUUGAAACCGUUUGAUUGGUAUUCUUGGGGAUUUAUGGUGAUGUCGAUAGCAGCAUGUAGUAUCGCUUGGAAGCUCUUGAAACGAAAUAUUAACAGUGAUUCUCCAUUUUACUUCAUUUUCGGAGUUGUCGCAACUUUCGUGGGUCAAUCAAUUCCUUUUAGAAACAUUCGAGGAAGUCAACAACUUUUACUUCAAUUAUGCAUUCUAAUGACAUUCAUCAUGGGAAAUGCUUUCGAAUCACUCAUCAUUGCUUCAAUGUCAAGAGCACGAGACGGAGUAAGAUUCAAAAGUAUUGAAAAAUUGCUUCAAAGUAACAAUUCUUAUGUGGUUGACCCAGUUUUUCAUUAUCUAUUUGAAAACUCAGAGCAAGCCAAAGAUGUAGUCAGUCGCAUGGAACUUAUCAAUGGACUUGUAGAUUACCAACAUGCAUAUGAUGACUCAAAAGCUGUAAUCGCUCGCUGUGAUAUUCUCGAGCUGCAGUAUUACUCUAAUAAUAAAUUUGAUAUCCCAGAAUAUUUUUACUUUUUACCAGAAAAGUUCAUGCCAUUCUACGAAAAGUUCCCGUUGAAAGUUCUUUCGAAUUUCUAUGAAAUGCUUCAAAAAGAUUUCAAUAAAAUUUUUGAGUCAGGAUUAAGGCAGCACUGGAAUUAUUACGUGAAACAAGAUUUGAAGAAAAAAUACGACGAGGAACAAGAUUUCAUAGAGAAUGAAGAAUACUUUUUGAAAAUGGUAGACAUUCAAGGAAUUUUCUCAAUUUUAAUAUUUGCUUAUCUAUUUCUUAUUUUGGUCUUUAUGUGUGAAUGUAUUUGGGGUAAAAAACGAGUCAUCAUGACUAGACUUCUAAAUAUAGCGAGAAGAUUAAGGCGCUGUUUUAGGUAG